AGAGGGAGGGAGAAGGAAAAUUCCGGCGAUGGCGGAUGAUUUCUCGGUUGUCGUGUUGGCUUCCGAUCUAGGAAUCGACGCUCGACCGUUCUUGUCGAAGAGCGAUGAGGGUGACGAGCAAGAGAACUGGCACGAUUGUCCUCAGUACCUCGGAGACGAAGAUUUCUCCGAUCUCGAUGUUCUUCAGUUCUUCUGCCUCCAGGGCUCCGACAAAUCCGGGAACCGGAUUUUCCGCAUCGUGGGGAAGUAUUUUCCUGCUCGUGUCGUGAGUGGGGAGCGACUGAAGAAGUACAUACUCCAGAAGAUACACAAUGAGUUGCCAGAAGGGCCAUUCUGCAUAGCUUACAUGCAUAGCACAGUGCAGAAGGAGGACAACUCCCCGGGCAUAACCAUCUUGAGGUGGAUUUAUGAGGACCUUUCAUCGGAUAUCAAAGACAGGCUUCAAGUCGUUUACUUCAUCCAUCCUGGGCUUCGUUCCAGACUUGUUAUUGCCACUCUCGGCCGUUUUCUUCUCACCGGAGGCCUGUACUGGAAAAUCAAGUAUGUGAGCCGGAUGCAAUAUCUCUGGGACGAUAUAAAGAAGGGUGAGGUGGAAAUCCCCGAUUUUGUGAAAAGCCACGAUGAUGUUCUUGAGCAUAGACCGCUGACUGACUACGGAAUCGAACCGGAUCCUUUUCAUUUAACUGAAGUGCCUUCCACAUCGUCAUUCUCGCUCAGUCGGUACGAGAACAGAUGGGUCUCGUAAGGGAUUUCUUGUCAUGUAAAAGUUUCUUGGGGACAGAACAUGUCUCUGUUGUUCAAGGUUGUAAUGUGAAGACGCUUAGUCUUUGUAUAGAGUAAACCUAAUUUAUCACCUGAUCUGUUCUAUCUGGUUUGUUUGAUUUUGAAUGGUUCAUGGGAUCAAGGGAUCCUAAUACCAAAUAAAGUAUUUGUAAUUGACAA